GGCUGCGGGAGGCGGAGCGGCCGCCGUCACGUGGCGCAGAGACGCUGCUGCGGCUGCCGGAGCAUCUGGGAGCGCGGAGCCGCGCGGGCGGCGGCGGCGAGAAGUUAAAGGCCAGUACUUAUUUGCUGUAAUGAGAGGGAGGACAAUCUGCUGCGGACUUGAAAAGGACCUUUCAAAAUGAAUGGAAGAUAAUGGAAAAAUAAAGUGAAGCAUUUGAAAGUUUUAGCUCCACAUUUUCCAUUUCAAGUUGCUUUUGGCACUAAGAGGGAGUCAUGUUUGGCAGAUUGUGACUUGAAAUUUUGGAGAAUACACAGCAAUUCUGGCAUGGAACUGUACAGUGUCUCACAGUUCUUUAGCUGAAUACUGCCCCGUCAAGAAAGCAAUCAAGCUAGAUCCAAGUGACGGCUGUAAAAAUGCAUGACCAAAAUCAAGAUUCAAUGCAACUGAAAAAAGAAAUCUCCUUGCUCAAUGGGAUCAGCCUCAUAGUAGGCAAUAUGAUUGGUUCAGGUAUUUUUGUCUCUCCGAAAGGAGUUCUCAUCUACAGUGCAUCCUAUGGGUUGUCACUGAUCAUUUGGGCAAUUGGAGGAAUUUUUUCAGUGUUUGGAGCUCUCUGCUAUGCUGAACUUGGAACCACUAUCACCAAGUCAGGAGCCAGCUAUGCAUAUAUCUUGGAGGCAUUUGGGAGCUUCAUUGCAUUUAUUCGCUUGUGGACCUCACUACUGAUCAUUGAGCCAACGAGUCAGGCAAUUAUUGCUAUCACCUUUGCUAACUACAUAGUGCAGCCUGUUUUCCCUUCUUGUGAGCCUCCUUAUUUUGCUUGUCGUCUCAUUGCAGCUGCUUGUGUGUGUCUUCUAACAUUUAUAAAUUGUGCCUAUGUUAAAUGGGGAACAAGGGUGCAGGAUGUAUUCACCUAUGCCAAAGUCAUUGCCCUUAUUGUCAUCAUCGUAACAGGAAUUGUUAAACUAUGCCAGGGACGUUCAGAACACUUUCAAAAAGCAUUUGAAGGAUCUUCUUGGGACCUCGGAGACAUUUCUCUUGCAUUGUACUCUGCCCUGUUCUCUUAUUCGGGUUGGGAUACACUUAAUUUUGUAACAGAAGAAAUCAAAAACUCAGAAAGGAACUUGCCACUAGCUAUUGCCGUUUCUAUGCCAAUUGUGACAGUUAUCUAUAUUAUGACCAACAUAGCUUACUAUACGGUGCUGGAUAUUAAUGCUGUUCUUUCUAGUGAUGCUGUGGCAGUGACAUUUGCUGACCAGGUUUUCGGCAUUUUCAGUUGGACAAUUCCCAUUGCUGUAGCCUUUUCAUGUUUUGGUGGACUUAAUGCCUCAAUUUUAGCAUCAUCUAGGCUGUUUUUUGUAGGCUCCCGGGAAGGCCAUCUCCCUGAUCUGUUGUCUAUGAUACACUUAGGAAGAUUCACACCAAUACCUGCACUGCUGUUCAAUUGUACUAUGACCAUCAUUUACCUCACUGUAGAAGAUGUCUUCCUUCUUAUUAACUACUUCAGUUUCAGUUACUGGUUUUUUGUUGGACUAUCAAUUGCUGGGCAAUUGUAUUUACGCUGGAAGGAACCAGAGCGUCCAAGGCCUCUUAAGCUGAGCCUAUUUUUCCCAAUAGUCUUCUGUAUAUGCUCAGUAUUUUUAGUGGUAGUGCCUCUGUAUAGUGACACCAUUAAUUCAUUGAUUGGAAUUGGUAUUGCUUUGUCUGGAAUUCCAGUCUACUUCAUAGGAGUCUAUUUGCCCAUAUCCAGAAGACCUCCCUUUAUCAACAAGAUUUUAGGUGCUAUUACUCGAGCUACCCAGCUGCUUUGUUACUGUGUUUUGACAGAGAUGGGCAAGAGUGAAGAAAAGAAAUGGGAGACCAAGUCUUACUAAAGAUACAAAGCAAUUCCAAAACAAUGUAAAAAGCAAAUAAUAUGCAACUAAGGGAACAGAAAAAGCUCAACAGGAAAAAUGGGACAACUGAAGGAUCAGAGCCAGAAGCAGAUAUCAGCGAUACCUGAAGAGGGAUUUCUAUGCAGACCAUGCUUUGCUAUAGUCUUCCCCUUAACUACAACAUUCAGGACAGAUUUUUAUCCACUUAUUUCCCACAGGAACAAUGUUUGACAGCUAUUUAUUGUAGUUUGAUGAAAUCUCAGAGAAGUGGGAUUGAGGUGGUAAGAAGAGCAGCAAUAAAUCUUUGGAUGGUGGAGCUGAGUGAUCAAAUUAAACAGACUUUGGAGGACAGUAGAAUAAUAACUCUCAGUUGAAUUCAAAGCCACUUCAUGUCCCAAGUGACCAAAAGCCAUUCCUAUCUGAAGGAUGCUCCAUGGCCUGUGUCAAAUGACUUCCUUAUCUUGACAGAAAAUCAGCCAUGGCAAAACUCAUUGACAGUUACAGCAGAGAAUACAGACAAACACAGAUUAAGCUGAACUUUUUCCUGGAAAAUCAUUUCACAGAUGUGGUAACUUGGGUGGAAAGAAGAUUUUAGUAUUCAAAGCUUAGUUCAUUCAGCAUCUUUUAUGAACUUUACAAACCUUUUUUCCUGAAAUGGUUAUAAGCAGGGCUUUUAAUGUUAAAGAGGCUCUGAUUAGGCAAACUGGUUUAAAUGGAAUCCCAACACAUAAACCCAAAUGUUGAAGUUUGAGUGGUUCAUAAAUGUAACACACAAACAGUGUUACCAAGCCCAGAAUAUAGCUUCUAAUACUGUUCAUGGGAAGAAAUGCAAUAUUGUAUAAGGUCUUCUAGCAGAAGUGAGUAUUGCCAUAGCUAUUAAGUCAACUUGAAAACUGAAGUGGUAGAAGUGACUGAUGGGGAACAAUAUAGCAACAAGACAGAAAGUGAAUCUUGAGCAUUUUGGAAUUUGAAAGCAGACUCAUUGGCUUUCAGCAUGAGCACUUUUAUCGCUCCUGGAUCUGCACUCAGGGUAGCUACAAUUUUAGCAUGCAUCAUCACUACAGUAAAGGGAGGGAAGAGGUACAAUUUGUUAAAAUUGUAGCCAUCUUAAAAUAAAGUACAGCAGUCAAAAGGGGCAAGCACUGUGGAUUGUGCUUCUGGUAUAGGUUCUCUUAUUUUCAAAACAUUGGUCUAAAUGUUUGUUUAAAACUGAAUCAAACUGUGAAUUGGAAGUCUGCAGUGUGCAUCCCUUCUAGGUCUCAGUAAUUUAUUUUUCUAAAUCUGCUUCUUUCAGUUUGAAGCAAGCCACAUCAAACCUGCAUCCCAUUGAACUGAAAGAUUUUCAUUGAGAGGCUAAGAAAUUGCUAAUACUAUAAACUGUUUUAAAACUUGUUAUAACUGUCAGGCUCCUGGGCAUUGAGUUUCUAGUCAAUCUUGUUUUACCUGUAAGGCAAAGUUGAAGUUGUGGUACAGAUUAAAUUUAGUGCUAGAUUUUGUUGUAAACUGGUAGCAUUCUGCAGCAUUUACCAACCACUGGAUUUAAUUACUGUUUUAAGUAAAUUUAAGUACACUUAAAUGUAGGUAUUUUGUUUAAGUAUCACAGAUUUUUUUUUUUUUAAAUCUCACAAAUCUUUUUUGUUGUCUCACCUAAUUAUUUAAUUAAAAGUGGUAUUUGACUACUUAAAUCUUGCUGUGAUAGACUGCACUCUAUUCUUUAAGUAGGAGCACUUCAGUAUUUUUGAAGCUUUAACUGUAUAAAGGAUUAUAAAUCUCAGCAGGCAAUAGAUUUGCCAAGAAGCUUGGGCAUAUUUUAUAAAUUCAAAGUUCAAAAUCUA